UCCUGGGUCAUCACUUCAACUUCCCUAGCGGGAAGCAGAACAGCUGUUACAAGACGUCCCGGAUAAAUGGUAAACAAACCCAUUUUCAGGCAUUCUUUAAUCAUUCCACAUUUGAAGAUGAAACUCUCCCGUGCUGAAUACAAAGAGAUCGUGAGAUGGACAGAGCAACUAAGACCAACGCGGCAGUGUAUGAAGAUGCUAAAAGACAGAUUUCCAAAUCACUCGCAAUCCACUCUUCUGAGCAUCUUCUCCCUGGAGUAUCAGAAACGAACCAAAAGGAUCAUCGCGAGGCACCACGCGCCCGAUGUCAUCGAAAGCCACUACCGAAGGUAUCUGAGCGAGGCCACGGCACAUCCCUCUGCUCCCGUCUUGCUGGAGUUGGCCAAUGAGGUGGAUCUGUCUCCUGCGCUGAUGGCUCGCAUCAUCCUCGACAGGUUCCUUCAGGACCAGGAGGGCGGAAUGCCUUCCAAAUCAGUCCUCAACAGUAUGCUCAAGGAACCAUCGUUAAUCCCAAACCAAACCUUGGCCAAGAACGUCUACCAAUGCACCGUAAACGACUGCUGUUAUGGACCACUGGUAGACUGCAUCAAACACGCUAUUGGCCAAGAGCACGAGGUUCUGCUCUGUGACAAACUCAAGGAGAAAAAUUUGUCCUUCUUAGAUGAGAACCAACUGAGAGCAAAAGGUUAUGACAAAACACCUGAUAUCAUCCUGGAGGUCCCCGUUGCCGUGGAAGGACACAUUGUUCACUGGAUUGAGAGUAAAGCGUCAUUUGGAGACGACCACAGUCACCGCACUUACCUCAACGAACAGUUUUGGAGCUACUGGAACAGAUUCUCAGCCGGCAACGUGCUAAUGAAAGGAGAUGGCGCAAUUUGAAGUGACCAGGUAGCAGCCAGCAGUGUGCAGCUGAGAGCAACGCAAGGGCGGGGCCUCCAAAGAUGGACACACACACAUACACGCCACGGGAAAAGUCGAGUCAGGCGUCCGUAGAUAUACCCAUUACCCUUCUCAUUAAUACUCUGCAGACCCCGGCGGUGUGUACGCUUGUGCACUUGUGCGUGCGUUUAUCUGUUUGUGUUGCUGGCGCAAUUGUUUAUGACAGUCCUAAUUGGGCUAAUUGAAGACAUUCAGAUUACCUGUCAAGCGGGUUCGCGUCCACAGUCUGACAACUCCUCACAGGCGAGGGACCCCCGGAGCAUCCGCCGCCAUGGGCCGUAAUGGGGACAAUAAGGGCCGCUCUAAUUUCGACGUGGACAGCCUUUCGGGUGUGUUUGUUUUUUAAGGCUUGCAUUAAGUUGCCGGGAGGUUGGGGGGGGGAGUAACUUGCUGUGACAAAGCAGUGUGAGCUUUAGAAGGGAAAAAGAGGUGCUUAAGUACACGAAGGUGCUUCGAGGGUCCGUUUCGCAGAUUGAGUGACGGGAGAGGAGUGUUGACGUCUUUGCGCUUGUGGCAAGACCUUCAUUCAACUUCUUCUUAGGAGUCUAUUUUUUUGCUGCGGCAAAAUAAAUAAAAUAAUAAUACUAUAUGUAAUAAAAUAAUAAUUUAAUAUUAUUUUCAAGUCUAUUUUUCCUGUGGCAAAAAAUGUAAUAAAAUAAUAAAUGUGUAUCAUAAAUGUACUGUAUAAUACGAUAUAUAAUAAAAUAAUUGAAUCAUAAAAUGCAGCAAAUAAUUUCGACUGUGUUGUGACGUAAAUGGAUUAUUUUAGCACCCGAUAUUUAUUUAAAUUCACAUACACUUUGCAAUGCAGUAGAACGCUCCCGACUUCCAUAGUUAUGUCCAAAUCAAAAUACCUUCAUAUUAACCAAAAUCAAAGCGCAUUGGAGGACACACAAUGAUGGCAAGCUCAAAUCAAUAUCAAAUCCCGAGUCUGAGCGUGCGUCAAGCAUUACCCAAUCUAUUUUCUGCGGCUUAAAAGAAUGUGCUUUUGCAUAUUUUUACCCACGCACGCACGCACACGCAACGCUUCCUCUUCUCGGCGGGCAUGGCGAGGGGCUUUGCAGUGUCAUGGCUAUGACGGAUCAACGCUGUCAGCCCGCGAGAUCCCCUGCUUUGUUUGCUCUCCUCCAAAAGGGGGUUAAACUGUCAAGUUGACAACUCACAAGACCCUUCCACUCCGGCUGAGCAUCUGUCUUUGACUCUCGUUCUCUUUUGCUACAUGACUCCCCCGUGACUCCCCCCGCCAGCAUCCACCUUCAUCCCCAAACGAGUGCAAAUCAAUACCAGAUUGCCUGAGGACCACUGUUUGGCGUUGGCCCUCCGUGACCUCUCGCUGUCCCCCCGCACGGCUACUUUCAUUACAUGUAGCCCAACAUUUAACUUCUAUCCCGAUCCCUCGCCUAAUUAGUUUCGAUAAGCUCCGUCUCUCGCUCGUCGUCGCGUCCCCCCCCCCCCUGUCUUUCAAAAAUUGUAAACACGCAGCCAUUCUGCGGCCUUUGAGGGAACUGGGAGUAAUAAAAGACAAAUCCCAGCAGGAGAUUCUCGUGCCGGGAUUAUUGUUUUGUUUGCGUAGCAAAUUUUUUAAAACUACAACACAAUUAGAUUUGCACCUUUGAAUUUUUGUGCAAACAAAAGCCUUGCGAGGACACCGUGGUUGGUCCGGUCUCCUUGACGCACCUUCUGACGGCUUCUGAGUCAACAGAUCUAUUCUUCAGUUUGGCAUUAUUUCAUUUUCCUCAAAAAAGGCUCCUAAAUGUCAAAUAUACCGUUGAAAUAUAAUUGAAAAAAAAAUCUUUAUUUAUAUUUUUGUUCCGCACCACCCACAAGUCCAGGUGCCACCACUGCGCCGGCUGGACCGUCGAUUUCUGACAAGCCCGAAUGACAUGUCGGACCCCCUUCCCUUCUCCACCCCCUGGGGCUAAAAUUACCCUCAGGAAUGUAAACAGAGUGCAGAGUAAGCACACAGCUUUUCGUGACCCCACCCCCAGGUUGUGUCCAUCCCCAAACUUGCCCCUCAAACUGGGACAGUUCGGAAUCCGAGGCCAAGGUCGCCAGCCGAAAGACACUAAUAGCUCGUUUGUUUUGCAUCGCGCCUCCGUUCAAACAAAAACAGCAAAUGUAUGUAUUUCUCGGUUUUCCUUUGUAUGGACGCCCCCUCCACCCCCCUCAGACAGAUGGGCAUUCACGCCACUUCAUUAGGUGUGUGGGCUAGCUAGCCUGGCUUAAGAAGUUUACUAGGCCGGGUGCUGACAUGUUGAUUUAGUGGCGCUAACGCCACUGCACUUCCAAAGGUGCUGACUUGGACAAAAGCCAGGCCUGGCCUUUUUUCGCGCUCUCUCCCAGGAACACGUUGUGAGGUCACGCUCUAAUUUUGGGGUUGGGGGGUUUAGUGAUGGACAAAAAGGCCAGUGGGUCCUCUGCGACUAACAUUCACACCUGCUUUACUGUGCCCAACUUUCAGAGAAAUUCUUCCCGUGCUUUCAAUUGAGACGAUUGCGCAACGAUAAAUGAAUCGAAACGAAAACAAUCAAGUAACAGGUCCUGUUUUUUUUUUUUAAGUCAAGCCUAGUUUGCUAGUGAUCAUACAAAAUCUCUCAGGCAAGUUUUGAUUUUUAUGCAAAUCAAAAUCAGGCAAACUGUGAUUUAAUGAAAGAAAAUCGUAUGUCAAGGUUUUGACAUUUUCUUGGCUGUCUAAUUACUUUGGCCCGCCGGUUUGUUUACCGUGUGUGAUUCGAAUGUUUACUUCCACAUCAACAGCAAUACGUGAACGUAUCAGGCACCCCGUCCCGUGACCUCACGUUUACACGCGAUAUCACGAUACGCACGCACACACUUAACACUCAGCUGGACCCAUCAAGUUUGCAGGCGCCCGGUCAGCCUGCCGCUGCCCUCGCAAGGCCGGAUUGGGUUACGAUACAAACUGCUGUUGAUUAGGGCCACGGCUUCAGCGGGGGAGCAUCCAAAAUUGAAAACAUGCUCGCCGGCGGGGUUAGGGCCGGGGUCUGAGGAGCUGCGGCCGUUCCCGAACGGUCGCCGUCCCCGAGAGACGGGAGGCAAUUACUGCUGGGGGUUCACCAUAACAGGUUAAAGGAGCAUGUAUCCCCUUGGCGCUGCCGCUCCUCUGUCUGCACAUCCGAUCCCCACCGCGGGAAGCCGACAAGAUGGCUUAUAUCGAUUUUUUUAAUAUUAGCAUCAGGUGUUAAUAAAUUCGCAUCCAGCGCGUUAUAAUUGUAGCCAUCAAGCCAUUUUUGUGCUGUAAGGUGACAAUUAGCCGACAAGUGCACAACACCGGGAUGAGGUCUUGCUAGCGCAUUAGCAUUCAGAUUAGCUUAAUUUCAAAAGGUACGCACAAACACAAUACAGAAUUUAAAUUUCCAGAAAUGGGUCACUUUAAGAAAUUCUACAUCUCUAAAUAAGCGCUUCUAUUAUAAGAUGUGUUUAUUCACGGCCAAAUGUGUGAAGCAGGUUAUCAGUGAACUGAUUGGGAGAGGGUCAGUCAAACUGUGCGUGCGCGUGUGUGUGAGAUAAGAUUUUUAAGGUGAGUGCGAGAAGGUGACGGAGGUAAUGGCAGCUUUGUCAAGCACACUGGGGGGUCGGAGAAAGUGAGAAUUUGCGAUUGGGAGAUAAAGAAAAAAGGGUCAACUUGAGCGGUUUACAGAUGUCAAAGGUUCAUUCCGGGAAGGAUGCUUAGAUUUGAGCAAUUACUCAAAUCUGAUGUGGAAUGCAAAAUUAAUGGUCACAAUUGUAAUAUAAAGAACUCAAAAUAGAUAUUUCAUGCGCUGUUGUAAACAUUGGACAACUCAUGAAUUUUACAAUUUAGAAUUUGCAGUUCUAUAUAGUGAGUGACACUUUUUUUAAUAUAAAAUUUGAUUAAUUUAUGCUGAUUUUUUAUACCUACUUUUUUAGCAGGAAUGUCAUAUUGAAAUCAUGUUCAGCAUUUUAUGAUGAUAUUAUUUAUUGUAUAUUAUUGUUUGAAUAUUUUCUUUUAGAUUUUUUAAAAUAAAUUUAUUUUUUAAACGUUUUUAAUUUCAACUAUAUAGUGCUAAUGACCUCAUUCUGGGUCAGGUGAGGAAUGCCCUGACCCAAAUGUUGUUGUAUGGCAACUAGAUAACACUUGGUAAUCUUCCUCUAUCUUUCUUGGCACUGAUAAGUUACAGAGAUGAGUUUACAUGAGUGGAAAAUACAAUUGCCAGCCCUCAAUCUGACCUCACACACUCCGACCAAUACACAAACGUACCUUGGUGUCGGGAGAAAAAAUAAAUUCUUCCCAACUUCCUCGACACGACCCAACUUGUAAAUAUACAGUAUGUGAUGCAUUACUGUGAUGUUGUAAUUUAUUAUUGCCGAAAUAAUAAAACAAGAUGUCACGCCAGCCCUGCCUACAAAAAAAAAACAAUGCUCGACACUCAUUAAAAUACCUUUCAACCGAAAAAUCGACGACCAAAUAAAUCCUGACCCCUUUUGGAAUCCGACGCUAAGGUUUGGAAAGUUACAGCAAAGGCCUGCCAAAUUCUUGUGAGAACCGUCUCUUUCGAUAUAACCCCUGUGUAUUUUUGCACGACUCCGUCUGCGAUUGCGCACUUUUGAGUUACAAUCCCAUCGUCUCGACUUCCAGCUCGGCCGUGCCCCCCCACCACCACCACCACCACUCGGCCCCUCCCUCCUGUUGUUGUUUCAAUCCCCAGCGUCUGCUUCUUACCUCAGCAUCCCAGUAGGAUUCAUUCUGAGCACAUUUAUUUUCUUUGAGCGUACGGAAAGGCCUCGGUGACACGGCUCCCCUGGCGUUGAUAAUUUUGCACGUUUCAAUUUGCACUCGCCCCGCUCCCCACCCUUUGACGUGAUGUAUUCUCCUCGGCCGUCUUAUCUGUUGAUGUACAGUUUUAACCUUUCCGUUCGCUUGCCGCAGCCC